CCAGGUUUAGUUGGAAAUGCAAGAGAGCGAAAUCCAAGAGGACAAAUUUCCGUCGUUGGCGUUGGCGCAAAAAUUUCUAACGUAAAUCGAAAAGUUCACCCUCAAACCAUAACCGUACCCUCCGAUUUCUUGAUUUCUUCUUCCUUUUUCCUGUUUCUUUCGUUUGUUUUUGUGUCUCUCGGAUUUCGAGCUUCCAGGGAAGAGAUGUGGGAACCGAUUUGUUUAACUUUGGCGGCCGCCGCCGGCAACAACAUCGGCAAAGUACUGCAGAAGAAGGGCACCGUCAUUCUUCCUCCUCUCUCUUUCAAGCUCAAGGUGAUAAAGGCUUACGCUUUUAACAAAACUUGGAUCAUAGGUUUUCUAAUGGAUAUAUUUGGAGCUGUUCUAAUGCUGAGAGCGCUAUCCCUCGCCCCUGUAUCUAUAAUUCAACCAGUUUCUGGUUGUGGGCUUGCCAUACUCUCUGUAUUUUCACAUUUUUAUCUGAAGGAAAUAAUGAAUGCCGUUGAUUGGAUGGGGAUUACGCUUGCUGGCAUUGGCACCAUAGGGGUUGGUGCUGGAGGCGAGGAGCAAAAGGCCUCUGCAAUAUCAAUCUUCCAUUUACCAUGGCUGGCAUUCAUCAUUACCAUCUUGUUUGUUCUUCUUAAUGGAUGGCUUCAUUUCUACAAACGUCAAAGGAGAGAACAAGAGUUGAUGGAAUUUGAAGUUGUUGAAGAAAUAAUAUACGGCUUGGAAUCUGGCAUUUUGUUCGGGAUGGCAUCUGUGAUAUCAAAGAUAGGAUUUCUAUUCUUGGAGCAGGGCUUCCACGAGAUACUGGUUCCUAUAUGCAUCCUGAUAAGUAUUUGUUGCAGUGCUACUGGAUUUUACUAUCAGACUCGAGGACUAAAACAUGGGAGGGCGAUUGUGGUAUCUACAUGUGCUGCUGUGGCAUCCAUUGUCACUGGUGUUGUUGCUGGUAUGCUUGCUUUGGGUGAAGAAUUGCCCUCAUCACCAACUGCUCGCCUCUUCCUUCUGCUUGGAUGGCUGCUUAUCAUCAUAGGUGUGAUUCUGCUUGUGAGUUCCUCACGAUUGAUCCGACGUUUUACUUGGCUGUCUCGGCGUUUUAAGCGAAGUGGUGCUGAUAGGAGCUUUGGGCAUAGAACUGGAUCAUCUGUCCGCCUUAGAGAUUCAAGCCCUAGUGCUAUCAUUCAAACAACCACAUUGCAAAAUUUGAUGCUAUCUUCAAAAGAGAAGGCUGACUCUUGAAGCAUGAAGAUGGUUCAUGUAUAGAUACUGAGGUGGGAGAUGAGAACCAGGUAUGAACAUAUUCUAAUCUGGGUUGGAAUUUGGAAAUGCACUCCACUUUCUCAUGGGUGUAUUUUUGGUGUGAAAUUUUUUAGAAAUAUACCUUCUUACUUGGGGCGCCAUAUGUUGUGAAAUCCCCUUUGAUUGUUUCAAUGUUUAAGACCAUUUCUUAAUACCCGAUUACUGUAACAAUGUAUAAGUUUGGAAGAUUGAUGAUGAUGAUGAUGAUCUGAAUUGAUUCA